AUGGAAAACCAAGGCACCUCCGCACCUAGAGUAAGCGAUAAACGAUUAGCUCAGACACAAGCUCAAGUAGAUGAGGUCGUUGGUAUUAUGCGUGUAAAUGUCGAGAAAGUGUUGGAACGCGACCAAAAGCUGUCAGAACUGGACAAUCGUGCCGAUGCUCUACAACAUGGAGCGGCGCAAUUCGAACAACAGGCUGGUAAGCUUAAGAGGAAGUACUGGUGGCAAAAUCUUAAAAUGAUGUUGAUAAUUGGUGCGGUGGGAGCUGUCCUCCUCAUUAUUAUUAUUGUGUGGGCCACAUCUGGCUCAAGCUCAACCGCAGCACCUCCACCAGUCACUCCAGCUCCAGAGACACCAUCAGGACGAUAA